AUGAAGCUUCAGGGACAAGAUCAUCACUGCGAGGCUAUAAAGAAUCAUCGCAUCGUAGACAUUUUAUUGGAAGAUAUUAUCAAACUACCUGAAAGAUACCAAGAGUAUAUUACGGGACUAAAGCAAGAAAGGUAUACUGUCUUUGGGUAUUGUCCCAAGUCCAAGACAGCUUACGAUCAAAAAGCCAUAGUAAAAUCUCUUCAAUCGAUGAUUGUUGGCUUGCAAAAGAGAUCAUCAGCGGAACAUAUCUUCGUCAGUGUCAGCUGCAAUUCUCGAACACCUAUACGUAGAAGAGAUUUAAAGAAGAGUAUGAUAAUGAAUGAGUUAUCAGGAGUGACUAGUGACGUUCAAGACUUGAUAAACGAUUUAGCAAAGGUGGAUAAAGCGCGUUUAGUGGUUAUUGAUUCGGCGGGCUUGAUCACUAACAUGAGCGAUUUGGAAUUAUUUAUUCGUGAGCAGCCCACUCUAAAAAAAAUCAUCAUAGAGACUAUUGUGCAUGAUAAUCAAGUGCAUGUAUUGGAAAUGCGAAGAUGAAAUCAUUGAAAAAAAAAUCGUUGUUUAAAUCCGAUGGUCGAGAAAAUUUGUUCCAUCGCUCCAACGUGCUGCCCACUCCCACUCCCACUUUCACUCGCAAUAUAAGUUAGAUAAUUUGUUCUUCUUUU